GCUCAGGCAGCGCGCCCCAGCGGCGCUAACGAACUGCGCCGCCACCAUGGCGCCAGGGCCAAUGUGAAAACGGGGAGGUAAGUCCCUGGACGAAAUGUCUCACGAGAAUCGCCACGGUAAGGUGGCAAGUGCGAUGCCAGGCGGUACGGCCUCGGCAAGUGGGAGGUAAUUCUCUGAGCGCGGACAGUGUCACUGCGCGCGUGUGUGUAGAGUAACCCUUGGCGGAGGAUAGGAUGAGGUACUGUGAUAAUCUACUGUCUCAGGGCGCGGAAUGGGUGGCCGCAAUCUCAAGGUGCUGAUCGAAUUGGGUCAGAAGUUCGGUCUUGCUGCGAGCCCGAUUCUGGUGAUAUGGGACCGGCAGAAAGAGCUGCUGCCUGCCCCAAUGAGCUCGGGGUUUCCGAAGCAGCUGGGCCUGGAGGGCGCCGCCCGGAACCUCUCGCUGGCCGCCCGCGGGGCGCACGUUGUGGAUGGCGGAGCGCUUUACUCCACCGUUGAGGACUGCCGCGGCUGGCUGUACAAGGAGGCUCUGGCCGAGUUCGACCGCAUCGUCAACAGGAAGCACGGGAGGAUGGUGCUCAUCACCUCGCUUGAGCAGGAGGAGUGGCUCCUGCGCGCCGCGGGCGUGCCCGCCGCCGGCGCCUGCGCCGCGGCGUGGGCGCGGGCGCCGUGGACGGUGCGGGCGAGGCGGAGGACCCCGCUGGGCUUCCUCGACGCCGUCGUGCUGGUGCUCGUGCGCUCGGCGGCGGGCGCCGCGCCGGCGUGCGAGCUGCCGGAGCUCUCCGACCGCCUGUGGUGGGAGACGGCCUCGGGGCGCGGGGGCUGGCCCACGCUGAAGGUCUCCCAGCGCCCGCCCAUGCAGCCGGCCCGCGGGCGCGAGAUCUGA